CCGCUGCCCGGAGCGAGAGAGAGACAGAGAGAGAGAGAGAGAGAGAGAGAGAGAGCGCUUCCCACCUCCCUCCAGAGGAGCUGCUGCAUUACCGAACCCCGGCUUUAUUGUUCUACGAAUUCGGUUCUUGCACGUGCGCGCACGACCGACACCGAUCACAUCCUAAGAACAUCCCGGCGCGCGCGCGCCUUCAUCGGAGGGGAUUAGGAGGUGUGAAGUUUUCCCGAGAGAGAGAGAAAGGGAGGAGGAGAGGAGAGGAGGAGAGGAGAGCACCUCAAUCUCUGGCUUGAGGGAAAUGAGGAGAGUUUGAGGCGCGCGUGCUUUUUCUCCCCCUCACCGGCCGCCACAGAGCUCCGGCUCGCGCUCCCGGUCUCAUCUGGCGCGCGCUUCCGCUUUCCCCCAGGACUCUGCUGCACGGACAGAUGCAUACAAAUGCAUUUAGGAGCCCAACGGACAAGGGGCGGCCGCGUUACACAAACGAGAGCCCUCCUUCUGCUCCUGUCAGUAUGUUUCACUAUGUUAUCUGCAGAAGAACAUUCACAAACUCAAGGUGUAGAUCUUAUUCUCCAGCUGGGCCUGUCCAGCCACAGAGACAUGACCCACUCCUCUUGGAUGAUGACCUCACCCCCCCUUAUUUCUUCCCUCCCAUCUCUCUCUAUCCUUCCCCCUGGUGUCGGGGUGACUCUGGACCAUGAUGCCAUGAUUGAAGCCCCUGUAGCAAGUGUCCUUCCCGCAGGCAUGGAGAAGGAGUUUUCCCUGAUAGUGAGCCUCAACUCCAAGCGUGCUACCAAUGCCUUCCUGUUCAGCGUUCGGGACGGAAUGGACCGGCUCCAGUUUGGUCUGCAGCUUCUGCCCAAUCGGGUGGUGGUGUACACUGGUGACAAAGCAUCCGUGUACUUCAGCUAUGAAGCACAGGAUGGAUGGUGGCACUCAUUUGCAGUGGCAGUGCAUCCACGCUCUGUGUCAUUCUUUGCCCAAUGUGGGGAGCUACACUAUAGUGAGGAGACACUGACCAGGCCGCGAAUGGUGGUCUCAAAUGGCUGGGUGGCCAUCGGAAGGAUGAGCUCCAGAGCGGCACAGUUUGAAGGCUCUCUGUGCCAGCUGGAGAUAUAUCCAUCAGCACAGGUUGCAGCACAUUACUGUAACUAUGUUAAAAAAACCUGCAGACUGGCAGACACUUUCCGAUCUCCAUUCCCUUCCACAUCGUCCUUCCUAAUGCCCCCUAUAUCCUCUGCCACUCCCUCUGACACACACACACAAAACCCAGCCAAGUCCACACUCAGGAACGCUAUAGGCAAAAUUAACCCUACAACUGCCUCCUUUUGGAAUGCACUGAGAUCAAGUACCACUAGAACUGCUGGUCCAUCUCCGAGCCCCUUCAGGUCAACGCAAUCCCCAGAUCUUACUCCAAGGACUACUACGAGCACCCCUCCAAGUGAAGGUAGACCCUAUGAGGAGAACAACACUGAGGAUCAGUGGCUACUGGGAAGACCUCGUGCCACUCGGGCCACUCCAAACCUGAUCUCUCACCACAGGAAAAACAAGCUGAGUAACGGCAAUGGCUCCCAAAAUCUCUCAGAGCCUCAAAGGAAGCCGAAUAGUGCAACCUUAUACAGACAGCAAGGGUACAACAACCAAAUGGAACGGACUGAGGAAUAUGGCGAGGAACAGACAUAUGACUCAGGGGUAUACGGAUACGAGUAUGGAUUUGAGGAUGGAGACUAUUUUUUGAACUAUGAUGAUUUUGACGGUCUCAAAGGGGAUCCAGGCCCUCCGGGUUCUCCCGGUCCCCCCGGUCUCCCUGGGCCAGCUGGAAAGAGAGGACCACGGGGUCCUCGUGGUCCUCCUGGGAUUCCUGGCUCUCCUGGAUUACCUGGCCCCAAGGGUGCAAAAGGUGAUCCUGGGUUGUCCCCAGGUCAGGCGACGAAAGGAGAAAAGGGUGAGAGAGGACCACCAGGUCUACCAGGCCAUAAAGGUUUUCUAGGUCCAGUGGGUCCCAAAGGCUAUCCAGGACCACCAGGUUAUCCAGGAGAGCAGGGUUUGCCAGGAUUGCCGGGCUUGGUCGGGGCGGCAGGUUACCCUGGCAGGCAGGGACUGGCAGGCCCAGAGGGAAACCCAGGCCCUAAAGGUGUCAAUGGUUUUAUCGGACCCCCAGGAACACUAGGAGCACCGGGCAUACAGGGAGAAAGAGGGAUGCCAGGAGCUGUGGGAAAGAAGGGACCCAAAGGAAGACGGGGUGUGAUUGGAGCCGUCGGGGAAAGGGGUCGUCCUGGGCCUGACGGGAAUCAGGGACCUGUUGGAGCAACUGGCACUGGUGGCUUCCCAGGCCUCAGAGGCCAUCCUGGGCCUGAGGGACCUCGUGGACUACCUGGCAUUGUAGGACCUCAGGGCCUGCCUGGAGGUGUGGGACCACCUGGAUUGAAAGGUGAUAAGGGAGAACCUGGAUUACAGGGGGAACCAGGAGAGAAUGGCUACCAGGGUGACAAGGGGGCUACAGGUAUUCCUGGACCACCAGGCCCACGUGGAAAACCCGGACCAAUGGGGAAAACAGGUGACCUAGGUGUCCCAGGACCACCAGGACCUCCUGGACCUGAGGGAUUUCCUGGAGACAUUGGUGUUCCUGGUCCCAACGGCCCUCCAGGCCCAAAGGGUGUUCAGGGAGCAAGGGGACCACCAGGGCCUUUGGGGCCAAAGGGAACAGAGGGAGAUGAAGGUACUUUGGGUCCACCUGGCAGUCCUGGCCCAACUGGCAGGCCUGGAAGGAAAGGUUAUAUUGGUGAUCCAGGACCUGAAGGACUGAAGGGUGAAGUCGGCGACCAGGGAAAUGUCGGCAAGAGCGGCCCUCCAGGAGAAGAAGGACUUCCAGGAAUUCCAGGAGUGGCUGGCCCACCCGGGGAAAAAGGAGAUCGUGGUCCAGCAGGGCCUUUGGGCCCCCCAGGAGAAAAGGGUUCAAUGGGCUAUCCAGGCUUGCCAGGAAGUCCUGGAGAUGUUGGUCCACAAGGCCCACCUGGUCUGACAGGUCCGAGGGGUGCUCAGGGUGUUCCUGGGACAAAAGGAAGGAGGGGGCCAAGAGGAGCUGAUGGACCACCUGGAGAGCCAGGACCAGAGGGCAUCAAGGGAGAAAAGGGUGAGCCAGGCCAGAAAGGAGCUACAGGGUUUGUUGGCAAAGCAGGAAGUCCAGGGAAACGAGGCUCUCCAGGGCCACCGGGUGUUGCAGGUCCACCUGGAAGUUCUGGUGAAAGAGGACCUCAUGGUGAACCUGGACCUAAAGGUCCACCUGGGGAAGCAGGAACAAAUGGAGAGCAAGGACCUGAGGGGCUUCCAGGACCUGAAGGUGAACAGGGACCUGCUGGAGAACCGGGAUUCAAGGGUGUAAUCGGACCUGUGGGUGCUGAAGGGGAGCAAGGGCAAAAAGGUGUAAGGGGGCCUCCAGGUCCACCAGGAGAAGAUGGACCUCAGGGAAAGGACGGCCAAAAGGGUGAACAAGGAGACUGCGGUGCAAGGGGAGAGCCUGGAGAAAGGGGCAAGGUCGGUGACCCUGGCCCUCUGGGACCUCCUGGAAACGCUGGCGCAAAAGGAUUCCCGGGACCGGAAGGAAAACAAGGACCACCAGGAAAACAUGGACGUCAUGGAAAGAAGGGUGACCAGGGUCCCCUGGGUCAACCAGGAGAGAUGGGUUCUGCUGGCGAAACUGGACAGGAAGGAGAGCCAGGACUGAAAGGAGUUCGUGGAACUAGAGGAUCACAGGGUCAACCCGGAGUUAUGGGACCGCAGGGAGAACCAGGAAUGGAAGGGUACACAGGUCAUGUUGGCAAACCUGGUCCACUUGGACCCCCAGGACCUAAAGGUGAAAAGGGUUAUCCAGGAGAGGACAGCAGGACUCCAGGACCACCGGGGCCCUUAGGUGAACCAGGUCCUCCAGGUGAGAAAGGUGAUAGAGGAGAUCCAGGAGAUAACGGAUAUCAGGGUCACGUUGGGGUCCCAGGUGCUCGGGGGUCAGUGGGACAGCAGGGGGCACCAGGAUUACCUGGACUGCCUGGAGAAACAGGACCUAAAGGGGAUAAAGGAACUCAGGGACAGCCAGGAAAAAACAGUCCUCGGGGUCAGGCAGGUUCUCCUGGUUUCGAGGGAUCUGUAGGUUUUCCAGGGCCCAAAGGGAUGAUGGGAUAUCCUGGACCUGAUGGUCCUCCAGGGUUGCCCGGGCUACCAGGACUGCCUGGUCUGAUUGGACGCACAGGUCAGCAUGGCACGACAGGCAUUGAGGGGAGGGCGGGACUUCCUGGUCCACGUGGUGAGCCUGGGCCUCCUGGUGCAAUUGGAGACAGAGGAGAGCCUGGGAUACAGGGAGAGAAAGGUUUAACGGGCAACAGGGGGCGAGCAGGUGCUAAGGGCUUGCAGGGUGCACCUGGAGACCAGGGCAGAAAGGGCAAUCCUGGGGUCAAAGGUCAACCGGGGGAAGUUGGAGACCCAGGCAUCUUAGGACUUCAGGGUUUCCCUGGACCAAAGGGGCCGAGUGGAGAUUUAGGCUUUGCUGGAGUUCCAGGGCCCAAAGGGCCACUGGGCACACUGGGUUUCACAGGGCCUGUUGGUCCAGUUGGGAUGAUCGGUCGAGUCGGAAGACCUGGUCCUCAGGGUCCUAAAGGAGGAACAGGAGAGAUGGGACCCCAGGGGCCACGUGGUAGUCCAGGACUGAGGGGUCCUCCAGGUGCUCCAGGACCGUCGAGACGUAUGCGUGGGGGAGGAGUCAUGCGGACCAUCGUAGGAUCCAACACACAAGUGUAUGAGAACUACCAGAACAUCGAGGCAUCCGAGCAGAACGCUGAGGUCCUCAGGACUCUGCAGUACCUGAGCGCCAUCGUCUCUGACAUCAGGACCCCAGCAGGCACCCGGGAAAACCCCGCCCGCUUCUGCAAAGACCUGCUGGACUGCAAGCCCAACAUGGCCGACGGAAUGUUCUGGAUCGACCCGAAUCUCGGCUGCUCGUCUGAUGCCAUCCAGGUGUUCUGUAACUUCACAGCUGGAGGCCAGACCUGCCUUUACCCCCUCGCUACAGAUAAGGUGGCGCUUGGGGUCAGUAAGGUCCAGAUGAAGUUUCUGCACUUGCUGAGCAUUGAAGCCACUCAGUCCAUCUCACUCUACUGCUACAGUGAGCCAGACACCACCUCCAUCACCACCUCUAGCAAUGUGCGCUUCUAUGGCUGGAACAGCCAGGUGCUCGAGAGGAGGUCCAUACCACACCAUCACGUGCUCCAGGACGAUUGUGGGGUACGUGACGGCCGAUGGCACCGCUCUCGUUUCCUGCUGCACACUCAGGACCCGACGCUGCUCCCGGUUGUGGAUGUGCAGGGUUUCCAGCCCCGAAGCACAGGGCCUGAGCAGCACCACCUGGAAGUCGGACAUGUCUGCUUCCUGUGAGCCACUUCCUCCUCCUCUUCCUCCUCUCACCUGUGAAACAACUGAAGGACACACGUUUCAAGAUGGCUGCCCGCAAAGCUGGGUCGCCAAAGAGCGCUGUGCUACCGCCACCCCAUUGUAGCUUCCCAAGGGUCCUAAAGCCUGACCCAUACAGGGAAAACACCCUGUUUAAACUAAAGAAGAAGGCGAGUUGAAAUGAAGCAGCUCGCUUCCGUCGAGUGUGGGGUUUUUUUUUCGUCAGUUGAAUAUGGUUAUGCUCAGCUUGUGUUAUCCGAGUCCACUGGCUGGGUUUUCAGAACUUUUUUUUUUCUAGGUUAAAAUUGAGAUACUCAAAUUUGCUGAUUUUCGGAUAUUUUUGAGAAAAAAAUCCAGUCCAGGAUCUAAUAAAUAAGUAGAGAAUUCCAAAAAAGGGCAUUUCAGCUCAGUUGUGGUAUAAAUAUCUGAAUCAAAUGAACAAACAAGAUCAGGUGACCUAAUAUUAUCACAGACACAGAUAUAUUUUUAUUAUUUUCAUCAUUAUUACAAUUCGUUUGGCAUCUGCAACAAAUUAAAACAUGAUCAACAGUGAGAUGGGCGAGUUUAGCUAAAUUUAGCUAACUAGCUAAUGUUACGUAUUAGCUUUCAAUGACAAAUUCCUCCUUCCCUUAUAUGUAGUUGAUCAGGCAAGGCAUGUUUGCCAAGUGCAAUAAAACGGUUCCUAAGUAUUAAUAAAUAAUUGCGAUUCCCAUACUGAGCCAAACAAUUGUACAGAUCUGACCGUUAGCAUGAAUGUUUCGAAAUAUUACCAUUAGCCUCGCGUUGCAUUUGAGUAAGGCUACCUAAGUAGAAAGCAUUCUUAGGCAGCCGAAAUAAAUUCAGACAAGUUUCAUAUUAAGGAAGGUGAAGACAAGGCCGUAAUUUGCUUUACUGCAGUACUACGAUAGUUUAAAUGUUUAAUGUUGGCACAUGUCCAUUCAGGGCUACACGUAGCCUUAUUAGUUAUAUUGAUGCAGCUCAUAGAUCAUCGCACUCUGUUGAUAUAUACAUGUGUCCUGCUUGUUAAGUCCUCCUGCACUGUACCGUUUCUCUCAUUUCCUGCAUUAACUCAUCAGCAUUGAUACAAUUAGCUUGGGAAUGAGUAGACGAGUCAAAUUAGCUGGGGUUUUAAUCCCAAAAGUUAGAAUCCAGCCAUCGUAGGCCUUCGGUCAAUUGGGAAACACUGUUUUGGCCCUGCUGGCAUUUUCCCAAAAACAAUUCUCGUCCACAUUAAAGUGAAGCAUAAAAAUGUCAGUAAGAGCAUGCUGGGCAUGCACACUUUUCAUUCUUUUGACACUAUAUAAAUCUUCACUUCUGUACAUAUCACGCAAAGCACUCAAACUUGAAAAGAAAUAUACCUAGAAGAGAAAAGUGAAUCCCAGUGAGUCUCACCAUCUUGGAAUUGAAGUGUUUUCACAGGUUUUAGUAGGGCAGCAUUCUAGGACUAGUGCUCGGGUUCUAGGACUAAGUUUGUGAAGACUAGGUCUCAGUUUAUAAGACUUCAAGUCAUAAGAAGUCUGUUGCUAGGCAACUGGGAAAUACAGCAGCGAAGCAAAAGCUUGCUAAUAACCAAGGCUAAUCUUGACUUCAGUUACCAUUACGUUUGAUAUGUGGAUAGUGUAAACGCGUGGAAACAAGACAAAUUUAUCAGGAAUGUCAGUGUUUUCCCUCAGACCUGCUGUUAAUUUGUAUUGAAAAUACUUUGUUAAAAUGACACUGUAAUGAACAUGGAGAGUUAAAAAACUUCCUCAAUUGUUAGUUUUUUCUUUUUUAUCAGACAUCUAAUUUUUUAGGUUUGUUUACCUGACAUGUUU